AGGUCUCGAAAGACAAAACAGAAUCAUGAACGUCUCACAGAAGACAGGAGGUCUCUAAAGACAAAACAGAAUCAUGAACGUCUCAUAGAAAGCAGGAGGUCUCUAAAGACAAAACAGAAUCAUGAACGUCUCAUAGAAGAUAGGAAUUUCCUAAAGACAAAACAGAAUCAUGAACGUCUCAUAGAAGGCAGGAGGUCUCGAAAGACAAAACAGAAUCAUGAACGUCUCAUAGAAGGCAGGAGGUCUCGAAAGACAAAACAGAAUCAUGAACGUCUCAUAGAAGGCAGGAGGAUCCUAAAGACAAAACAGAGGUUUUGAUUUUAAAAUGGACACAGAGGAGACAAGUUUAAAAUAUGGAAUUCAGGUGACAGAAGUGUCACCGAACAGUAUAUGGGACAUUGUGGUGGCUUUUGAUAUUGGUACAAGCUACUCUGGAUAUGCAUACAGUGACAGGAAAGAGAUACAGACAAAAUCCAUAUCCUUGAAUGAAUGGGUAGGCAACCUGGUACCGGAUUCAAAGGCAAAAGCGCCGACAACAAUUCUCUUCUCCAACAAAAAAACAUUCCAUUCUUUUGGUUAUCAAGCAGAGGAAUUUUAUGCUGAACAGGUCCGUCAAAAGAAGGGCGAAGAUUGGUAUCGAUUCAGAAACUUCAAAAUGAUUCUGUAUCGAGAGAGGAAUGUCCACCGUCUUCUAGAGAUCAGGGAUGAUUCUGACAGAGUCUCAAUUCCAGCACUAGAUGUUUUCACAUGCGCCAUUCAAUCUCUGAAAGAUAAUUUUGAAAACGCAAUAACGUGUAGAUCUCUGAAAUACGAUGUUAAUAACAUUCUGUACGUUGUCACAGUUCCGGCUAUAUGGAAACAGUCUGCGAAACUUUUCAUGAAGGAGGCUGCAUUGAAGGCUGGGAUUCCCGAGGCCCAGCUUCUGAUUGCUUUGGAACCGGAAGCUGCGGCACUAUACUGUAAAUCUUUACCUGACCAAACACUGACAGAGACAUUCAAACCCAAAAAACGAUACAUGGUCCUGGACCUUGGCGGUGGAACUGUUGAUGUGGUUGUUCAUGAUGUUUUGGAAGACGGCGGAUUAGCAGAAGUAUACAAGGCUUCCGGUGGUGACUGGGGUGGAACGACGGUUGAUAGAGAAUUUGAGAGAUACGUUAAGGAUGUCUUCAAUAACGAUACCUGCCUACAACAGCUACGGGAAGUGGCUCCUAGAGAUGCUCUCGACAUGGAAAGGGAUUUUGAAAUGCAAAAACGACAAAUCAGCAGUAACCCUGAUGGGGAAAUUAGAUUAAAAUUACCAGGGAGAUUAAAAAUGUUUGGAAAUAUAAGAGUAGAGGACUCCGUCACGUUUGACCAUUUGUACGUAGAAAACUCACAAUUUAAGGGAUUCUUUGAAGAGGCUAAACGUAAAAUUAUAUCCUUGAUAAACGACAUAUUGUAUAAAGUCAAACGCUUGGAUCAAAUUCUUCUUGUUGGGGGAUUUUCUUGUUCCAGGUAUUUAUGCGAUCAAAUCAAGUGCCAUUCUGAUUUCUCACAUAUUAAGUUUUGCUGCCCCAAAGACCCCGGUCUAGCAGUUUUACAAGGGGCAGUUAUGUUUGGAUUUCAUCCUGAAGAAGUUAAGUUCAGAAUAUGCCGAUACACGUAUGGCAUAGGUGUUCUGCAAGAUUUUGAUGAUUCGAUUCACCCAAAGGAAAAGCGAGACAUUAUUGACGGUGAAGUUGUAUGUAAAGAUAUCUUCGAUAUUCUUGUGUACGAGGGAGAAAAAAUAAAAUACGAUGAACCAAGAUUUUCCAACUCGAAAAGCAGUCACAGACAAGCAGAUCGAAAGAAAACGCCAAUACGAAAGGAAAUAUAUGCUGGAAAGGAUAUUCUAAGGGACCGACUAACUUUUGUCACUGAUGAGGGAAUAAAAUCUAUAGGAAAAAUCACCAGCCAGCCUCCAUCGACAGGCUGGCCUGACCUGGUGGAAUUUAAGACGAAGGUUUACUUUGGACAGACGGAUAUAAAGGUAGAAGAUUUUGAUAUUACAAACAGUGUGACCAAGAAAGCUGAGUUUGAUCUGAUAUGAAAACGGUUGACUUCUAAAGAGGCUUUGAUUCCCACCAGGUUGUCCUUCUGAAGUUCAGGAAGAUUUGUGAGAGUGCUAUAGUAAGCAAUCUCUCAAUGAAAUCCACAGCUUGUAGGACUGAUGAUAACACUGCUCAUAUUCCGGACACUCACCUGUAAUCAGGAUAUCUGUAACUAUAAUUAAUGUACUAAUCAUAGAAUACCAGUAUGUUUACCCAAUGAAGCAUUUGACCCAAGCAUUUACGAAUGUUUUCAACUGUAUGCAUUUUGUAUCUUAGGAAUAUUUGGAAGUUUUGUAAUCAUUAUGUCACCUGUUUUACCGCAGUGUAUGGGUGUUCACUUCGCCUGUUCACUACCUCUGAUAGCGCUUAAUUUAAACAGUAUUUUAUUAUGAUAAAUCAUAAUAUGAUGUUUAAUUUAAACAGUAUUUCAUUAUGAUAAAUCAUAAUAUGAUGUUUAAUUUAAACAGUAUUUCAUUAUGAUAAAUCAUAAAGGGAUCGGACAGCUGGCACUGUCUAUAUAAAUGAUAACAAUUAAUGAUAUUAAGGAUGCGUGCACGCUACUAACAAAAGUCACGUGGUAAGGACACAGCAUAGUUUAGUGUCAAACAUCAGGAAUACCAUGCUUAAUCAUUCUAAAAUGAUACGUGCAGAGUUUUUACAAACUUUGCUCUCUCUCUCUCUCUCUCUCUCUCUCUCUCUCUCUCUCUCUCUCUCUCUGUUUUUUCUUUUUGCUCUUUGAAAAACAUUUUUAGAUUAUCAUCAGGCCAGUAUAUAUUGUAUUUCUAUCAAAACAUUAUAUAACAUUUAUUUUCGGUUGAACGAAGAACAUUGCUAUCUUUUUUUUUAUGAAAUCCUUUUGAAUCAAUUUUUUAAUUAAUAUGGAAAGAUCUAAGUGUCAUUAGAUUUAAAGGGUUGUUUAAACAGUAAUGGCAAUGAAUGAGGGAAUAAUUUGAAAAAAUGGAAAUAAAUUACCUGAUUUUUGUGUUUGUUGAAAUAAUGAAAAAAUAAUGAUGUUCUUGAUUAACAUAAAAAAAAUUACUGCUUUCACCUCCAUAAAGAUUUGCUAUUCAGGAUGAUUAUGUGUAAUUUGAUAUUGUUACAGUAUAUUGCUACAGAGGGCAGCAAAAGUUCUUAUAAAUACUCGAAAUAUACCAACCUCUACUAUCUUUUUAUUUCCUGUUUGAAUUGGAUGUCAUUUAAGGAUUUUUUAUGUUUAGAAAGGUCGUUUUUCUGUUCAAAGAUUUAAGCAAUGAUGUGCCAAGUUACCUCAAUGUUCUCCUAUGUACAGAAAUGUCAUUUUUUUUUCAUAUAAUAUAUAUACACAUACACACA